CCUACCAUCCUCAUUUUUUUCUAGGGGAAAGCGUUUUGCUUUGACGUGACUGAAAGCGCAUAAAGCGGAUUUGAAGCUGCAGAUUUAAGUGUCUUGAAUGAAGACUGCCAUGUAAGGCUUUUCUUUAUUUAUCAGUUGUACUGAAACACGAUCAGCCUUACAGCGCAGGGUCUGGGCACAAUGAGUUUUCUUGUGUUUCCAGGCAGAAGAUAAGGGAUAUGCCAUGAAAGGAACACACUGGGAAUGUCUUUCCUUUAGAAAGCUGCGCAGGAAGACACAGGAAAAGCAAGAUUGUUACACUGAGCUCUUGGCUGCCAAUGCGGGGUGCAGCACUGCUUCUUGUUGGGAGUUUUGCCAUUGACUUGAUUGCAAGCAGGACAGCUUUCCUCUGUCACAGCUGUUUAUUUGUUGCUCCCCUUCCACUGCUUUUUGGUGCUGACAAGCACAACCUGUGCCUUUUCACCAGCUUGCACAGGUGGGUUAUAUUUACACCACUAAGCUUGGAAAGUAUUUGAGAGUGGAAGUUAAGGGGAGUACUUUUUUUUUUGUGCCUUUUGCACAGAAGCUGGUGUCUGAAUUCAGCAACUUGUGGAGCACAGGCUUUAAAUGGUGCUUGACAAAUGGGAAAUUAGUGUAUGUCACUGACUGACCACCACCGUGGAGAGCACCUUGAGACAGGAAGAGAAAGUGGCAGCUCCAACGUAUGAGAGAAAGGCCAUGGUUUAUCUCUGUGAACGUGGAGGUUGUAUUCCAGCCUAUGGAGAAGUGCACGUAAGAACUGGAUAAAUAUGGCUUUUAAAGGCGAGGACCACUUAGAUUCCCUUUCCUUACCAGUUCAGCGCAUGCACUUAAUCCAGGUGGACUCUGUUCAGCGAUGGAUGGAGGACCUGAAGUUGAUGACAGACUGUGAAUGUAUGUGCAUUCUCCAGUCCAAGCCCAUCAGCAUUGAGAAGGAUGAACCAAAUGAACUCAUCCUUUCCUCACAGUACAGCACCUGUGAUAACUUGCAGCUUCUGCUAAAGAGGGCUUGGAUCAUAAGCACAGAAUUGACCAGGAUUGCUCAGAAGCUGGACAAGAACAGAUGGCAGAGGGUCCACAGCAUGACAGUGAGGGUCAACUGCCACGUGCGUUCCAUGAUAAACGAGUACAACACCUUCACCAGGAGUUCUUCAGAAGAAAUGCACCAGCUUGAAAAACUUUUAGUAGACAAGUGUUCAGAAUUUACAGCAUUCACAGAAAGGUGCUUACAGACUGAAGAUGAAGAGAUACUGAAGUCCAUGAAAUCUUGUGUUAAUGAAACACUCACUACUGUUGCCCAGUAUUUUGGCCAGUUGAUAGAGCUGGUUUUGACACAUGAAACACAGAACCUGCUGAGGCAGAUAGAGCUCUCGGGCAGUCUGUACGUCAUGGAGUCGGCCAUCAGCAGUUUAUUCAGCCUUGCCCAGGAAGGUGCUCACCUCUGCCGCAUCAUAGCCAAGGAAGGAGGUGUUGUUUCUCUCUUUAAGAUCUGUCGCCAGGAUUGUUUCAGGUGCCUUUAUCCCCAGACCCUGAGAACACUGGCAUCAAUUUGCUGUGUAGAGGAAGGGAUGCACCAGCUGGAAAAGGUUGAUGGGAUACUGUGCCUGGCUGACAUCCUCACUGAUAACAGCCAUUCUGAAGCUACUCAUGCAGAAGCAGCUGCAGUAAUAGCCCAGAUCACAUCUCCACACCUCACGUUCACUCAGCAUCUCAGCAGCUUUCUGGAAAAUAUGGAAGAAAUUGUGACAGCACUUGUCAAACUGUGCCAAGAAGCCUCAUCAGGUGAAGUUUUCCUGCUGGCUUCAGCAGCUCUUGCCAAUAUUACUUUCUUUGAUACCAUGGCUUGUGAAAUAUUGCUCCAGUUAAAUGCAAUGAAGAUUCUCCUAGCAGCAUGUUCCGACAAACGCAUAGUGGACACUCCAUAUUCUCGGGAUCAGGUGGUAACAAUAUUGGCAAACAUGUCUGUGUUGGACCAGUGUGCUUCAGAAAUCAUUCAAGGAAAUGGUGUUCAGCUUUUAAUGGAAAUGCUCUUUGAAAAGUCCUCCUCAGGAAAUCCAGCUGAAGUUGCCGCUUGUGAGCGAGUCCAGCAGAAAUCUGCAGUGACCCUGGCACGGCUCAGCCGAGAUCCCGAGGUGGCAGAUGCAGCCAUAAAACUCAGCUGUAUUCCUCGCCUGAUUAAACUUUGCAGAUCACCAACAGAAAGAAAUAACAGUGAUUCUGUUUUAGUGGCAUGUCUGGCAGCCUUGCGGAGACUGGCAGUUAUGAGUCCUGGUGGACUGGAAGAUUCAGACUUUCAGCAGCUGGUAAAGCCCAGACUUGUGGAUUCUUUUCUGCUAUGCACAAAUAUGGAAGAGAGCUUUGUAUAAAUGGGAGCCAAAAACCUGUGAACAAUAUAGGAUGAUAGGUAUACAGUUAGCUAACACAUGCACAAUUUUAUUUUGUUUUAGUCCUAUUGUUAUUUAUGACUUAUUUAUUCUAAACCCAUGAACAUGUGGUUUGUAGGAGCAAAGGAACAGAAUAAGAAAACUUGUUUCAGUGGUUUGCAAAGGUAAUUUUUUAUUUUCCUGCCAAGACACACCAGACCUUAUCAUUGCCAUCAAACAAAAUGUUUUGUUUAAUAUAGUUGAAUUAAGGUAAUGAAGCCAAGAAUUUGUUGCUCUGAUGUUAAAUGCUUCUAAUGAUGUUUUAUCACUGAUAUUUUUCUAUAGUUAGGACAUUUUGUAGGUUUUUUAAUAAAUGUUUUAGCCUUAUCUGUAUUAGAAGAAAAAUAAUCCUAAAAGCUGCAAGUAUAUACCUUGAAAUGAAAGGGAUGUUACAGUGUGAGUCCAGUUCUUAACUAUUUUUUAAUAGAAUUAUGUAACUGAGAGAAAAAUUUCCAAAAAAUGUUCAAAUACUGGUUUCAAAUGAUGUUAGAAGACAUUCUUAGGCUGUAUAAAGAUGUGCUCUAUUGGAGGAUACAGACUUGUAGAAAGUUCUCUAUUUACGUUGACUGAAAUUUCCUAUAGAAAUUCAUAGAAUUCUAGAAAAAUCUUUGAUGGUGUGUGUGUUUUAAUUCAUAACAUGAAAUUUUCCACCUAUGGUUUAGAAUCAUUACACAGUGAUAAUUUUUUCUCCUUUCCAAGCCUUACAAGAACUGGAAUUGCUCAUGUUCAGACAUGUUUUUAACAUCCAAGCUACUGGUUUUGUGAAAAGCUGUUCACACACAUGCUAAAUAAUCUGAAGAGUUUAAUUAAUUGUAACUUGAAUUUUCAUUUUCCUGGUUUUCUAACUAGCCCUGUAUUUUUUAAAACUUAAAUGGGACUUUUAGGAGCUCUGGAAGUUGAGAAGUGGAUGAUAACCUAAAUAACAGACAUGAUUUUAAAAUAGAUUUUUUUUUACCAACAUUCUUCUUAAUUCUUGCUUUUUCUUUUCAUCAAGAAACUACAUAUAUUGAAAAUUACUUAACCAGCAAUAUCUUAGUAGUGGUUUUUUUCCUUAACUUCUCACAAAGCACUCUGUAGAAUAUGAAAUAAGAUAUAAUUUUUUCUUGAUGGCUUCCAACCGUUGCUUUGGAUCAUUUUAUGCUCAGCAACUUUAGGGUACUAGGAUAUCUGCCAAAACCCCCCCACAUUUCCUUCUUACUGUACUCACUUUGUAGAUAUAUUAAGAAGCUUAAUUCAUUAAUGUUUAUUUAGUGUUAUGUGGUGUUCAGAUGAAAGGCACCAGGAAAUUGUGAGCUGUGGUUGCCUUCCAUAUUUUCUGUAUACAUGAAAUCUGUCUUGCUUCAAGCAGUGAGACAACGAUGGCUACUUUUUUUUCCCUUGAUUGUAUGGGUUAAGAAGUCUCUGCCUUAAUGUCUUUCUUGUGAGCUCUUCAUUUAAUAAGCUCUAUCUUGACUGAAUUUUAAAACCUUACAAAACAUACAACGACCUCUGUCAUGAGCAGCUAUUCAAAGAAAAGUGUUGAAUGAGAUGUUCUAGCAAGCACAGAGAUGAAUUCUGCUUUUUUUGUUUACCUUGAGACAGCUUCUUAAGUUUCCAAGAUUGUUAAAAUGUAUGGUACUGUAAAGCUUUAAAAAUAUUGUAUUAGUGAUGGACUUUAACACUUUCCUUGCUAAGCGGAAGUACAUAUGUGAGCCAUGGAUGUCUUGGUAUAAACAAUAAAUUCAUAAAUUUCAUUGAAAACUAAUUCAAAAUAAGAUUGUGUUGCUAUCUUUCUGAUAGCAUGGCAAUCCCUGAUAAAACACAUAUCAAAUUCUGUAGAGAAUUGCUGUACAGAACCUCAUUCUGUCAGCUUCAACUAACACCAGAGAUAUGAGUUUCUAGAUGGAGUAGGGUUUAUCCCAUAAUGGGUAAAUUUAAAAUCUCAUUUAAAAUUUUUCUCCACACAUGCACAGCUCUUAAGAAAAUGCCAUCAUGACUCAUAAUGUUUUAAUGUCAUUUCUAACACGUCAAUCAAAUAUUCAGUGAGCAGGUUGGCAACAACUAAUUUGCUCUCAAAUACAGUCAUGUGAACUGAAUUUACUACCGAUACUCUCAAUCUGCAAAUACAUGUCCAUAAUUCUAGGCCCAUUUUGUCCAUUUAUGUGUACAUAUUAUGAAUGUGUCUGUUUAUAUUACAGGAGAAAAGUACAUUUAGGUGGAACUCAUAUUUGCAGCAGAAAAUAUAUCUUGAAAGAGCCAUUUCAGCAGACCUCUUGUCACCUAAGUGUCCUCAAAACCAUUUUAGCUAGGUCUGAUUUUUUCACGUAGAGUUGUGCACUUUAUUUUUGUAUAUGUUAAGGUUUAUGAGAAAAUAAACAUACCUCUAACAUUACCUCUUGAUUCACUUGGAAAUAUGAGUCAUUAAAAAUAUUGAUUUACUUUUCUCAUUACUUCUGAAUGAGAAUUCUGGAUUCUGAAUGAAUUCUGGAUUCUAAAUGUUUGCUUUGAAAGUGACUCCUCAGCUUUUAAACAAAACAAGCCAACCAAACAAAAAAGAACUGUUUAAGCCAGAAUAAACAUUUUUGCUUUCAAUGCAGUAUGAAACAAAAUAUUUCAUAUAAAGAGAUUUUCACUAAAAUAAGUAUUGUGGUGGGACAAUCUUUGGACUCCCUGUGUAUAUACAUAUACAGGUGGGAGAGAGAGAGGUGGAGAGUAUGUGUAAUACAUUCACAAAUCAGCUAAUUUAUGUGGACUCAUUGACCUAUACUGUAUGUAGCUUAAGUAUUGGUUUAAUCUUCCUGGAAAAUGAAUGUUAAACUUGUUAGAAAUGUUGUAGUUUCACUUAAAUUCUUCUGAACAUUUUCAAUUUUGUGUGAGGUUAAAAAUGCUUAACAAACAUGCAGUGAGCUGCAGGAUUCUUUGUAAUUUUGAUUUACACUCCAGCAACUUUGGACAAUGUCUUCAAAUUUCAGCUUUCGUUUCAAACUGUUUACAGAUAUUCAGGGCCCAGAUGUUUCAUUCAUAGAAUAAAGUUUGGUUUUUCUCAGUUUAUUGUGUACUUGGUACAUGAAUCACUUAUGUGGAAUGUUACUUGUCUGACCUUUUCAGUUUAAAAUAGUAUUUGUAUCUACAAAGAAUAAAAUAACGUCUUUGUAAAUUGCA